AUUGAGAUCUCCACCUAGAAGCUACCUCUCUCCUUCUUAUCCUUCACUGAAUUCUCUCACCCCUUAAUAUAUAUUCAACUAUCACACUCCUCAAUUCUACAGCAACCCCAUUAUUUCUAUUCAUUCAGUUUCCUCCUAUCUCUUCUCUUUACAUAACUCUCUUAUCUGUGUCACCAUUACCAUAUAUUAUUACAUCUCAUUUUCAGAAUAAGCAUGCAGGUGCAGCUAAGAAGGUUCAACUCAAUGGAACGCAGCCCUAGAAUGCUGAAGGAUUUCCUAAGCGAGAAUCUAAGUUCUUGUUCCUCAAGUGGGUUCAAAUCUCUUCCAAGAAAACCAAACAACAACACCAUGCAAAGCCUCAUAGAAAUGGAACUUAAAUCAUCAUCAAAUUCAGCCUUUCAAACACUGAUGAACACCAUAAGAAGCAUCUCUUUCUUCACUUCAAUUAGGAAAUCUCCCUCCAUGCUUUCUCUACCAAGGAGCCUCUCACGCAAGAUAUCAUCAUCAUCAUCAAGAAAAAGAAGAAAUCAAUCAUGCAAAGGAGGCAACGAAAUCAACAUCAAAACGGUGAAGAUCAAAGAUAUCAUACGUUGGAAAUCGUUUAGAGACAUUGCAGAAGAACACCACCAGCACCAACCUUCUCUUCCACCACCACAACUUUCACCAUUGGAUUUUCCCUUUUGCAUGAUGGGGUCCACCACCACUACCACAACAACUACUACAACCACCACUUGUUGUAGCAGUGACUCUAGUUGGAGUGAGAGUGACUUUUUUACCUCUGCAUGGGAAGCACAAAACGACAACGUUGAAGAGAGUAAAAAGUUUUCGUUUUCACCCCUUGUUGUCGGCAAGGAUUCCAUGGCCACGGAGGUUUUAACUUGCCAAGAAGACGAACAGAACAGUCCAGUUUCAGUUCUUCAGGUUGGAGAAGAUGAAUUCUCACUCUUUGAUCAAAGCCUUGCCAAUAUUCAAAGGAGAAAACAAAAGUUCAUGCAAACCAUUGAGAAAUUCGAGAGUCUUACAAAAUUUGACAUUGCAAACUUAGACCAAUGUCUUUCUUUGGAUGAGGACUAUGGCUAUGAUGAAGAAUAUGAAGAUGAUGAUGACGACAACGAUGGCAAAAAAGUUGAAGAAAAAUAUUGGAUUGAGGAAAGGGCAAAGCAAUUGCUACAUUGUGUUAAAGCAAGAGGUUCAGUAGAGGACUAUUUGGAUACACUUUUGUUGGAUUUUUUCAGGGAAGAACUAACAGGAAGUAGAAACCAAAAUAAGAAUAAUGAGGAGUUUGAAUGGGAGAUAUUGAGAAUAGCUGAGGAUUGGAUAAACGGGUCAUUUGCUUAUGACAUAGGGCAUGUUAAUAAAGAUGCUUAUAUCAAGGACAUGGAUAAGAGAUGUCAAUGGAGCAGAUUUGAGGAGGAGCAAAAAGAAUUGGCUUUUGAAAUUGAGACAACUAUAUUGCAUAGUUUGGUUGCUGAUCUUCUUGAAUUGGAUGGUUAAUGAACUGUUUGGUUUAUAAAUUAUUUUAGUUUAUUUUUAAUUACUAAAUUAUCAUCUUAUUUUUAUUCUGCUUUCAAAGAUUUAUACAAGAAAUAGUGAAAAUAAAAUAAAAUAUUUUCAAUGUUUCCUGUACAAUUUUUAAAAAUAAAACAGAAUAAAAAAUAAAUGAUAAUUUUAUAAUUAAAAGUAAAUUUUCUCUUUUCAAAGUUCAAACCCAAGUUCUAUAAGAACUAUUGGCCUUUGGUCUCACUUCUUAGCAGAAAUUAUUUGGCCUACUUUCUCUGUAGCACUUGAAGACCAAUAAAAAAAAAGUAGGUAUCCUGCAUCAGCACCCAUUAUUCUUAACAGGGACAGAAGUCACAGAUUGGUGACUUUUGGAUACACUCUUGAAUGGAGAGAAAAUGUAUAUGAGUAGUGAGUACCAUGAUGGAUUUGUACAUAAAUUUAGUUGAUGGCUUAGAUUUUGAAAUGUAGCAAAUUAAUUGGUGGAUUUGAAGGCAUAACUACUCAUGCCUACUUUUGUUGAAGUACAGGUACUUAGGAAGUCUUUUGAUUGUUCCACAUAUUUGUAAAGAAGUCAAUAUGUGUUCACUAAGUAUAUCUCUUUAGAAAUAUGUGUUCCAGAGUUUGGAUAGAAUGUUAUUUAACUAUUAUUUAAUUUAUAAAAAUGAUUUAAUC